AUGGGUGAAAAACUUUUGAGGUCUUUUAUAGAACGCGCCUCAUCAGUCGACCACGUCAGUCGUUAUCCAUCGCGCGACGCGCGCACUCCGAGACGCGCGGACGAGCGCACGACCGCGCCGCGCACUUCCACUCUCGGGACGAUGCCCGCGCUCGUCCUCUCCGCGCGCGCGACGUCGCCCGCGGCGGCGCCGACGCGUCCGCGCGCGCCCGCGCGCGACCUCGCGCGCGCGCCCCCGCGCCACGACAGACACAGAUCUCGUCGCUCUCGCGUCGCGACGGUCGCGCUCGCCGGGCGUCGCCCGCCGUCCGCGGCCGCGGCGUCCGCGGCCGCGUCCGACGCCGCGGCGCCCGUGAAAGCGUGGAAAGGCGACGUCCCGCCGCAGUCGUCCCUCCCCACGCGCGCGGACGGCUCCGUGGACUACUCGUCCAUCGACGCGUCGCCGAUCAGCAAAGUCCUCAUCCGCACGAUACGCGGCCUCCUCGUCAAGGAAGUCGGCGAGGACACGGACCCGCGCGCGUGGGACGACUUCGACGCGGUGCUGACGCCCGUGAGGGAGGUGAACGACAUGAAAGGCACCGCGAGGGACGUCACCGUGCGCGCGAAGAGAGUCUUCGCGGGGAUCUUGCCGGCUCUGUACAUCGGCUGGGUGCCGCCAAUCUGGAAUCCAACUUCGCGUUCGUGCUCGUGUUCACGACGCUGUUCCCGUGGCUCAUGGGACCGAUGGAGGGGAUCGACCACGUGGACGUGCGCGUCCCGCAGGCGAUCAAGGCGGAGCGAUGCCGGUUCUUGGAGCAGAGCGGCUGCGCGUCGGUGUGCGUCAACUCGUGCAAGGCGCCGUCGCAGGAGUGGCUCGGCGAGGACUUCGGGAUGGAUCUCCACAUUCAGCCAAACUACGACGACUUCUCGUGCCAGUGGAAGUUUAACGUGAAGCCGCCGCCGUUGUACGAAGACGCCGCGGUGAUGGUGCCGUGCUUCUCGAAGUGCCCGAGCGAAUACAAGGGCGAGAAGGACGCGUUUCGGCAGCUCGCGAGGGCGACGGGGUGGGGAUCGUGGACGGGGUGGACACGUACACCGGGGAGAGUUUAGAGGCGAUCGCGCGGCGCGCGAGCGCCGCGGCGCUGGCGGACGCG